UUGGCGGCCAUGGCGGAUGCAGCAGCCGGAGAAGCGGACAAGGGCUGCGCUCCGGCGCCGGCGGCAGCCCGCCGACCACCCCGCCGAGUGGCUCACCAGAUCCCCCAAGAGAUCCUGUCAGACCUGGAGCUCCAGGCAGCUGUAGGAUCCCUCCCCAGCAACUAUAACUUUGAGGUCUACAAGACAGUGUGGCGGAUCCGGCAGGCUCAGGCGAAACGGGUGGCGCUGCAGAUGCCGGAAGGCCUCCUCAUGUUCGCUUGUGCCCUGGCAGACAUCAUUGAGAGGUUCACAGAUGCAGAAACCAUCGUGAUGGGCGACGUAACCUACGGGGCCUGCUGUGUGGAUGACUUCACCGCCCGAGCCCUUGGAGCCGACUUCCUGGUCCACUACGGCCACAGCUGCCUGAUCCCCCUCGACUCCACGCAGGGCCUGAAGAUGCUCUACGUCUUCGUGGACAUCAAGAUUGACACGGCCCAUUUCGUGGAGACGCUGCGCUUCAACUUCCGCCCAGGGGCCAAGCUGGCCCUGGUCAGCACCGUCCAGUUUGUCUCAGCACUGCAGGCCGCCAGCCAGGAACUUCAACCGUAUUACUCCGUCUGCACCCCGCAGUGCAAACCUCUCUCGCCCGGGGAGGUCCUGGGCUGUACAUCUCCCCGGUUGGCCCCGGACACUGACGCUGUCGUGUACCUCGGGGACGGGCGCUUCCACCUGGAGUCCAUCAUGAUCGCCAACCCAGGAAUUCCUGCCUACAGGUAUGACCCCUACAGCAAGGUCUUCUCACGAGAGCACUACGCCCACAAGCGCAUGCAGGCAGCGCGUAAGGCAGCCAUCCGCACAGCGUCUUGCGCCGGCAAGUGGGGGCUGAUCCUGGGCACCUUGGGGCGCCAGGGCUCACCGGCCAUCCUGCAGCACUUGGAGUCCUGCCUCCAGGCCUUGGGGCGCCCCUACAUCCGGCUUCUGCUUUCCGAGAUCUUCCCUGGCAAACUGCAGCUCUUCCCUGAAGUCGAGGCGUGGGUGCAGGUGGCCUGUCCCCGACUCUCCAUCGAUUGGGGGGAGGCCUUCAGCAAACCCCUGCUCACACCCUAUGAGGCCGCCGUGUCGCUGCAGCAGGUGGCCUGGCAGGAGACCUACCCCAUGGACUUCUACGCCAGCCAGUCGCUGGGGCCCUGGACCGUGAACCACAGCAGCCACCAGCCCCAGAAGGCCAGCAGGAUGCGAGAGGUGCAUCCAGCCAAGCCCAGCGCCCCAGCUGAGAAGAGCACCUGUGCGACCUGCAGCUGCCAGGAGAAGGAGCUGUCGCCACCAAGCCAGCAGUCUUGAAUGUUGGAGCAGGGCCGGGCGCGUUCGGGUAACGCCUGGGACUGAGACUUGCCAUUGGGCAUGGAGCCAGCUUGGUGGAGGAGAAGCGGGAUGUGAUCUUCAGGGCCACAAGCCCCCUGCCCAGACUCCCAACGCUUAAGUCAUUGGACUGGAAAGGAGGGCAGGGAAUCCCGUUUCUUGAACCCUCGCAGUGGCUCUUCCUUACGUUCAGAUGCACUGUGGGAGAAACCCCCUGGGCUGCAGGCGUUCGUGACCAUCACAAAUUAUGAGGCAUAAUUUACCUUGCACCCCCAAAGCCCUGUGGCUUCCCCGAGGCACGGGGAAGGAGGGCCUAUUUGCAUGGUAGCGGGAGAUGGCCCCAGGGUUGGCUAGUGUUUUUCCCCUUUCUGGGAAAGGUGACCCUAAAGAGAGUGGGUGGUCUCUAUGUUCUUGGUGGCCAAAAAGGAACUCGGACUGGUCCCUGUUGGAGCUGGGUUGUGGGCAGGAGGAGGGAGAAGGAGGCCUUAGUGUGCAAUCCUUUGCAUGUUCAGGCAGGUAAACAGCCUACAAUCCUAUGCAUGCACAGGCAGGUAAAAGGCCUACAAUACUGUGCAUAUUUCGACAGAAAAAGAAGUUAUACAACUCCCAGCAGGCCCCAGUAGGGCUUUUUUUUCUUGCAUAGGAUUUCGCCUUUAA